GUUCCUCCUCAUCUGGAUGAAGCUGCUGCCGUACCAUUAAACAAAGGAAAGAUCUACAUUUCCAGCACAAGUCCACCAAGCGUUAGGAAGGCAUACUUCUUGCAGUUUCAGAAAGACUUUUCACGGUUUCUCAAGUCACGGUCAGAAGAGAUGAUCCCUGGUGGCCACAUGGUCCUAUCAUUCUUAGGCAGGACCUCCACAGAUCCCUCCAUGGAAGGUAGUUUCCAUACGUGGGAAUUUUUAGCCAAAGCCCUAAUGAGCAUGGUUUCCGAGGGACGUGUUCUAGAGGAGAAAAUCGAUUCCUUUAAUGUCCCUUACUAUGCUCCAUCUGUGGAUGAAGUUAGAAUUGAGGUAGAACAAGAAGGUUCUUUCGUGAUUAACGGUCUAAAAGCAUUUGAAUUUGAGUGGGACGCGGAUUUCCAAAGCGACUUUGUUUGUAGAAUCGAGGAGAACAAACACCAACUGUCAUCUAAGGGUCGCAGAGUAGCGAAGUCCAUUAGGGCCGUAGUUGAAUCUAUGUUCGAAUCUCAUUUUGGAGGAGAUAUUACAGAUGAUUUGUUCAUGAAAUAUGCAGAACUGGUGGAUGAAUACUCAAAGACCACGCCCAUGUUCAUCAAUUUGGUCAUAUCGGUUACGAGAAAGGGUCUCCAAAUGUUCAAGAACUGA